AUGGCGUCUCGACCGAAUGUCGGGUUUAUUGGCCUGGGAGCCAUGGGCUUCGCCAUGUCUACGCACCUGGUAAAGACCGGAUUCCCAGUUACGGGGUAUGACAUCUAUGGACCGACGCUAGAGCGAUGGCAGUCAACGUGCGAUGAGGUGCCCAAUUCUCGGGCCUCGACUGCGACCUCACCAUCAGAAGCCGUGAAAAAUGCGUCGGUGGUAUGCCUCAUGGUCGCAAAUCAUCAUCACGUUCAUUCGGCACUCUUCGACGAAAAGGUUGGCGCUGUUCACGCCCUACCAAAAGGGGCAACGGUGAUCAUUCAUGCAACUAUUCCCCCGACUCAACCAGCGGAGGUUCGCAAAAGACUGACAGAUGAGUUCAACCGACCCGACAUCAAGUUGAUUGAUGCUCCCGUGUCUGGGGGAGUGGCAAGGUCAAUAAAUGGUACCUUGACGAUCAUGGUAUCUGCUGACGACCCGGCCAAUCUUGAGCAGCCAGAUGCGAAAACCGUGCUGGAGAAUGUAGCUAGCAAGGGCAAGACACUAUAUGCUAUUCCGGGCGGUUUGGGAGGAGGCGAGUCGGCCAAGGCCUUGAAUCAGGUUAUGUGUGGCAUUCAUAUCGCCUCGGCUUCUGAGAUCAUAGGCCUUGCAGCAAUUGUUGGUGCCGAUACUCAAAAGUUCUUCGACUAUCUCGUUUCCAAAGACUCGGCUGGAAACCCAGUAGUAGGGUGGAGUUGGAUGUUCGAGAACCGUGGCCCUCGACUCCUGAGCGCGACGCCACCCAUGGCUUCAGCCACCUCGAUCAUCGACAAAGAUGUGGGAAUUAUUCGCGACGAAGAGCGGAGAUUGAACGUGGAACUUCCGCUGUUAAACAAUGCAAGCGAUGUGAUCACGGCUGUAAUGAAGACUCAUGCAAGCGCAGAUGACAGUUGCAUUGCCCAAUAUUACCUUGGCUUUGACUCUGACCGAAAGAAUCUGGUUGUGGAGAGGGCCGGAAACCCGACAGUUGCAGCGGCGAACCAUGACAAGUUGAUUCAGGAUGUCGCCAAUGCUCAUGCCGUGAUCCAUCUGACAUCGGCACACGAGACGACCAUUUUCGCCAAAGCACUGGAUCUUAAUAGUGCUGAGCAAAAGAAGCAAUGGUUCAGUAUCAUCUCUGGUGCCGCUGGAGGAAGCACAAUCUUCUCUGAAAUCAUCCCGCUUGCCUUUGCAGAUCCGGAAGGAAUCGAGCACGCCUUCAAGAAAUAUGCUCAGGAGAAAUUCAGUGGUAUCCUGGAUAAGACGGUGGAGCUCAUUGAAACCGCAAAGAAGAAUCAAUAUGAACCCAAACUGUUAGAAGCCGCCACGGAGAAUUUGAAGAAGCUGCUGAGUUAG